UCCGCACUACAGAGUCAAAGCUUUGCACGCCUGGACACGACCAUUCUACGUGCGGCAAUCGAAGAAGAAUGCUGACGAUCUUUGCUUUCACAAUAGCGCUAUUACUGCCAUCUGCAGUCUUCAGUGAUGACCUGCUGGUGACAGUUCCAGGCAGUCUGAAACUGGGCGUUCCUAACAACAUCGUGCUACACCUCGAUUCGAGUUCUAGCCAGACUGUGGACAUCCAGACGUACAACGAUGGUAAUCGUGUGGCCUAUCUACAGAAAGUCGUUGAACCUGGAAGUCCCACCACUUUGUCUCUCCAGCUAAAUGCGACAGACAUCGAUAGAGGAACGACUGGAUCUCGUUGCAACGCCAGUGUUAGUCUGCUUAUUCAAUGCCCUGCUCUGUCUUUCCGUCGUCAGAUGAAAGUGUUGCUUGACUGUUCUGGCGCGUCUGCUUACAUUUUCACGGACAAGAGCAUCUACACUCCUGGACAAACUGUCUCGCUUCGUGUUGCUUGUUUGGAUUGGAAUUUGACAAGUUUUGAAGAGCAGCUCACAAUUGAUGUCAAGAAUCCAAAAGGAAUUAUAAUCCGGCGCUGGAUUACCGACAUUCAGAAAGGAUCACUAUUUGAUGACUCAUUUACAAUUGAUAGUAAUCCACAAUUUGGCAUGUGGAUUGUGGAUGUUCGUCCUAAAGAAGACAGUAAGAUCCUGCCAAUGGGCAGUAUUCAGUUUGAAGUUAAAGAAUACGUUGUGCCUCGAUACGAAGUGAAAAUAUCAGCUCCCGAUUAUAUUAUGAAGUCAACAACACCAUUUAUUAUCACAGUAACAGCAACUUACACUUAUGGUAAGCCAGUGAGAGGCAAGGCUGCAAUAGAAACUGGUGUUAUUUAUGAAAACAAGUACCGACCUAUUAGGACAGAUCAUGCAGAACAAAUACUUGUUGACGGUGUAGCACGAUUUCGAUUAACCGUAAAGAAGAUUGAACAAGGAUUGCCGUAUGGAUUUCCUUUGGGAGGACUCUUGAGGAUAAGAGCAAUAGUCACGAGUGAAGGAGUGAGUCUCACCGAAGAAGCCUCCAUCGAAAAGACUGUAUUCUCCGCCAAAUCAGUGCUACUUGAUAUGUCAAGAAGCAGGGCAUUCUUCAAGCCUGGACUCCCGUAUGACUUAGAGGUUUUGGCUCGAACUCCUGGUGGCUCAGUUGUGGCUAGAACUGAGGUGACAUUGCAGGCAUUUUAUAAAACAAAGGAUUCGACAGAAUUGUCUCGAAUAUUGUUUACGGGAAAUGCUCUAUCAAAACGGACGACUGAUGAUUCUGGAUUUGCUGAUUUUGUUUUUGACGUCCCACAAGCCUCUGUUAAAGUUAAACUGCAGAUAAGGGCAAGUGGUAACCCUUGGACUGAGACAGAGUUGUUCCCAGAGGAUUCUGCCAAUGGCAAAUAUCUUAUGAUACGGCAACGUCGUACACCUUAUCAGAUCUGUACAAAUUCAGAAAAUGCGUGUGGAGAAGAGCAGUUCAUCGUAAAUUCUUCCGACUCUGGCAUAAAAAUUACUCUCUGUUACACGCUUAUUUGUCGUGGAGAAAUUGCAGUCUCAAAAUGUCGCUUUGCCAGCUCCUGGCCAUACCAAAUUGGCAUCAAACUGUUACCAGUUGCAAGUCCUUGUUGCAAACUUCUGGUUUACUACCAAGAUCAACAAUCCCUUGUAGCCGACUACAUUUAUGUGUACAGUCAAUUGGCCUUCUCCAAUAAUAUUUCUGUAACACCACAAAGAACUAAUCGCCCGUACUUUGCACCCAAUGAAGAGGUGUCCAUAGAUAUCGAAGGAAUUCCUGGUACAACAGUUUAUCUGUCUGCUGUAGAUGAAGGUGUGCAGUUGCUAGGAGACAACAGACUUACAGCGGCAGAGAUGUUCAACAAUCUUAAAGGCUGCAAACUGGGAUGUGAUGCAAUUGGAGGACGUGACAGUGACACCAUUUUCCAUAAUGCUGGUCUUGUAUUUGCGAAGAAGUCAAAAGCAACUGACUACAACCCCAUUUGUUUUCCGCAAGCAAAACUGGAGCAUACUUUUCCAAAUCUGGAAGCUUGCUGUGAGAGUGGUAGAGUUCACUGUAAGGACUGCGGUGCUGGGAGGAAGAACAUGCAUACUGAAGGGAUCCACACUGAAGCAUGUCGCACUGCUUUCUCUCGUUGUUGCAUAGCUGCCAACGAGCAUGACUCAUGCAGUAUUGGAGGUCGGGUUAGAACUACCAGGACUAUUGGUCAUGGAUCGUUUGGAAGUAGCCAGGACUUUAAACCAACGCUAUACGGAUCAUAUUUUCCAGAAUCCUGGCUCAAGACGAGAGCAGUAAUUGGAAACCGAGGAAAGAACACUUUGCGAGUUAAUGUUCCAUACACCAUAAAUACCUGGCACGUCAAUGCUUUUGGAAUUUCUGGCACUGGAAUAUUUGGAAUGGCUUCACCUCAGCGCCUAAGAGUAUUUUCUCUUAUUUUCCUGGAAGUCACUUCGCCAUAUUCCGUAAUACGAAAUGAGCAAUUUGCUGUAAAAGCCACAGUAUACAACUACAGCCCUGCAACAACCGUUGAUAACGUUGCAGUGAACAUGAAGUCACAUUCAUUUGAUAUCUGUACAACUGCCGGCACAGCAAGAGCUACCGAGAAAAAAACUACUGAAACGAUACCUCCAAAAUCCAGUCAUACUUUUCUGUUUCCUGUAGUUCCACUAUCUACCGGCGAGGUUACAAUAGAGGUCACUGCAGAGCUAGAGUUACUACGAGAAGUGGUGAUAAAAACCGUAAUAGUCGAGCCGGAAGGAGAAGAAAAUGAAAUGUCUUUCCCGAAAUUAUUAGAUCCAAGUACUAACAGAGGACAGCAGAUUUUCAAUUUUAAUCUAAGCAGUCCAGCACAUUCGGUUAGAGGCUCAGUCGAGCGUUACCUCUACGUAACAGCCAAUAUGUUAAGUCCAGUGGUAUCAUUGCAAGGGUUUGAUAGUCUACUUAGACAGCCUUAUGGAUCUGGAGAACAAAACAUGAAUAUCUUCUGCACAAACGUUAUUGUUCUACUGUACCUCAACAAUACGAGACAAGUCAACAAACAAAUUUUUGAAAAAAGAAUUGCCGAUAUCCGCAACGGUUACAGUCGUCAAAUGAUGUUUAGAAGAUCUAGCCCAUCUGGAUCGUUUAGUGCACUCGGAGACAAUGAUGCUCACGGAAGCACUUGGCUUACCGCUUUUGUGCUGAAAUGCUUUUGCUUAGUGUCAAAGUUGGAAUUAAAUGGUGCGAUUGUGGAUCCUUUGGUUAUCAAGACUGGAAAAGAAUGGUUGGAAAAACAACAAGAACUGACAGGACAGUUUGUUGAUCGAGGUCGACUAGUAAAUGUUAGUCUUCAGGGAGGUGUACACAAUUAUUCUCACUCUUUAACGGCUUACGUUUUGAUCUCGUUUCUCGAGUGUAGUUCAAUCGUUGAUUCAAUUCAAGAAACGCAGACUACAGUAAACCAGCGAGUUUCGCCAACAGUAACGUGGGCAGCUCAGUAUCUCAACUUCAGCAUUAACAGCUACAAUGGCAGUGCAUUUGAGUCAGCUAUUGUUUCGUAUGCUUUAUGUUUAGUUAAAGACCUGAGAGGAGCAAAAGAAGGUUUAAGAAAGCUGUGGCACAUGGUUCGUAUCAAUGAAGUGAAUAGAACUGCUGAUUGGGUUAGUAAGAGCCCUAACAAAGCAGUUUCUAUUGAAACGGCUGCAUAUGCGGUAUUGGCUUUCCUUUGUAUAAAAGAUGAUUCGUAUUCUAGUCUUGUCGUCAAUUGGCUAAACAGACAACCUAAUUUAGAUGGAGGAUUUGUCUCAACACAGGACACCGUGAUCGCUAUGCAAGCGUUGGCCGCCUAUGCUAAGAUAAGACGUGGAAAUUACUCUAUUCUAACUAUUAGUGUGAAGAAUUCUAACGAGUCUAAAACACAGUUCUUACAAAUGCAAAGCGACCAGGCCAACGUUCGUCAAACAAUAAACGUUUCUUUAAGUUCAAAUGUUCUAGUGAGUGUACAAGGGUCUGGAACGGGGCUAAUCCAGGCUGGAGUGAAAUACAACACACUGACUGGAAGCAAGGUCUGUAACUUUUCUGCUAAGGUUGACACAAAGUACUACGAAGCAAACAAAACGAUGAAAAUAGAAGUCCGUAUCAAAUACAAAGGAUUGGGUUACACAAGUACGGCUGUAGUGUCGGUUCGUCUUUGGUCAGGCUUUAUUGUUGAUGAUGAGUCGCUAAAAAGAGUAAUACGUGAAGUCGACUUGAUAAAUCUUUAUAAAACAGAAAAGAAGUCCGUAAAUUUCUAUUUUAAUUACAUUCCUAAUGACCAGUUCGUCAGUUUCAACUUUACAGCCAAAAGACUAAUUGAAGUAGCAUUUCUGCAGCCGGCACUAGUUUCCAUUUACGACUAUUACAAUUCAGAUAUCAAGUGCACAUUCUCGUACGCACCUCAUCAAGAAAGCGCUUUGCUGUCAUUGUUGUGUAAAGGAAGUUCCUGUCAAUGUGCAGCAGGAAGAUGUGCUUUAUGUCAGAAAUUUGAGAACGGCAACAAAAAACCUGAUCAAGACCGUCCAAAAUGCGGCAAAAAGUAUCCUCAAGUACGUGUACAGAAGCAAAAACUUACACUUCUUGUCCUGAUAAGGAAAACAUGUUUAUGUGACUUUGCCUACAGAUUUACUGUAAUCAGUUCUCAAACUUUGUGCCAGAAUGGUUGGAUUAGGAUACUGGGAAAAAUUGUAAUGGUGUACAAACCAGGAGUUCGUGAGAUAAACGUCGGAGACAAGUUUAGAAUAUGGAAAAGAGCGGAGUGCGGUUGUCCAAGCUUUAAGAAGGGACAGCAGUACCUCUACGUUGGUAAUGAAGGUCUCAAAUUUUUGGUUGACCACAAUUCAGUUGUGCUGAAAUGGGAGACGAAGUUGUUUAACAAUUACAUUAAGUUUAUAAAUAGAAAAGGUGCUUGUGAAACUCUCUAAGAGUCUCAUAUUGUUUUCCAUAGAAAGAAGUAUGCGAUUGUAAGCACUUGCUCUUUCAAACGAUUUGUCAGUUGUCGUGUAGCAUCUUUUGUCUCAGGAAAGUACAUAUAAACCGCAGUCCGGCCAGUCUAAUAAA